GUGAUUUGUUAAGCUUAACCGUGCUAUUGGCGGUCUCACUGCAGAGCUAAUUUUUGAAUUGUGCUGAGUGUUCAGUAUGUCGUCAGAAGAUGAUUGGUCGAAGUUGCCCACUCUGUCCAAAGUACAGCACAAGCUCUGGAACGCACGUGUGGCAGGAUACGAAGAAGCGUUCAAAAUAUUUUCAACAGAGACAAAUGGAAAAAGUCCUGUUUUUAACGAAUAUGUUGGAUUGAUGAAGAAGUUCGUGACUGAUUCUCAUGCUGGAGCUCAGGAAAAAGCUCUAGAUGCUGUCUUAGCAUACAUAGAAACAGCUGCAGCAGCUACAAAAUGUGCUGGAGAUAUUUGUUCUGGUAUCAUAUCAAAAUGUCUGGGUUCUACUCGAAUGAAAACAAAAGACAAGUCAAUUGAGUGCCUAUUGAUGUUGAUAGAAAUUGAGCGUCAUGAAUUAGUAAUAGAAGAGCUCAUUAAAGGUUUAUCAACUAAAAAUCCAAAGGUUGUUGUCGGAAGCUUACAGACUCUUCGUGAAGCUCUAAAUCUUUUUGGUCCAACUGUUGUUCCGAUCAAACCUCUUUUUAAAGAGUUUGGACGACUACUUGAUGAUCGAGACCAAGGGAUCCGAAAUGAAACGAAAAAUCUCAUCGUUGAGGUUUACAGAUGGAUAGGAGUAACCACAAAAGACCUAUUAAAGGAUAUCAAACCAGUUGUGAUGACUGAGUUAUGUGAAUUAUUUAACUCUAUUCCACCCGGAAAACCUGUUCGAUUAAGAUACUUACGCAGUCAAAAACCUAAAGAAAUUACUCCAGAUACUGGGGCUGAAAGUAAUCCCAUUGAUGGCCCUAUUCCAGGUGGAACUUUAACCGACCAGGUUGAUUUGGAUGAUAUGAUUACUCCUGUUGAAGUUCUUAGCAAAAUCCCCAGCGAUUACUGGCAACAAAUAGGGGAAAAGAAGUGGCAAGAUCGGCGUGACGCUUUAGAGGCACUUGAAAAAAUUACGAACGUUCCUCGGAUUGUUCCAGGUGAUUUCACAGACCUCGUAAGAAGCUUGAUUCAGGUUGUAAAUAAAGAUACUAACAUAAUUCUGGUGACUCUUGCUGCUAAAAUUUUGGGACAAAUAGCAAGAGGGUUAAAGUCUAAGUUCAGUCCUUACUCCCAACAAACCUUACAAGCGUGUUUGGGGAAGUUUAAAGAAAAGAAACCUAAUGUUGUUCAAGCUCUAAGAGAAUCUGCUGAUGGUGCUGUAUCUUCGGCUUCACUAGAUCAUUUUGUGGAUGAUAUUGUAGCUGCAUUAAGUCACAAAACACCAAAUGUACGUGCAGAAGCAGCCUUAAUUCUAAGUAGAGCGUUCAAAAAAUGUUCUGCCACAUCACUAAACAAAAAGGUUUUAAAAUCAUUUACUGUACCGUUAUGUGUAACAUGCAACGAUACUGUUCCUGAAGUGCGUGAAUGUAGUUUUGCAGCGCUUGGUGCUGCAAUGUUCGUCGUGUCGGCAAAAACUAUCCAGCCCUUUCUCAGCGAACUCGAUUCCAUCCGGCUGGCGAAAAUCAAUGAAUGUUGCGAACGAUUAGCGUCUGAACUUAGUAAUUCAAAUAAUUCUGGUAACCAACUAACUGCUCCUUCGACAAAUAUGUCUACAUCUGCGAAACCCAAUACUGUACGACGUCGUGCAGCACCACCAGUCACUCGUCCGAAUACAGCGUCCAGUGGCACUGGAGAGGCUAAUUCUGAAUGUGCUACUAAAACACCAACUUCUGGGCCAUCUAGUAAAAAAUCGACAGCACGUACGAAAUCUGUUAUUGAGAAAUCGAAAUUCACCAUUCCAACAGAAAACUUGUUAACAGAGGAUGAAAUAUCUCAGAAAGCUUCUGAGCUUCUUGGGGAAGCACUUAUCAAGCAAUUAUCUGAUACGAAUUGGAAAGAACGCUUGCAAGCGGUUGAACAAAUGAAAUCUAACAUACAUUCCUUUACCAGUUCUGACGUACCUACUCAAAUUUUGUGUCGUGCUGUUCUACUUAAGCCUGGAAUCAAGGAUACUAAUUUUCAGGUGCUGCGCGCUCGAAUUGAGUACAUCGAAGCAGUUUUGUCUUUAAGCGUCUCUAUCAGUUCAAAUUUGGCUGAGUUACUUUUAUCAGAUUUGAUUGAGAAGGUUGGUGAUACGAAAGUCGGUGACGUCACAAAAAUUGCCAUGACAAAAUUGGCCGAGAAAACAAGUCUCGAAUUAGUUGGUGGUUUUAUAAUGCGCACACUAUUUCAGAUUAAAAAUCCUCGCAGUCAGACCGAAGGUUUGGCUUGGUUGAAUCAAAGCAUUCAGGAAUUCGGAUUUUGUAUUCCACCACAAGAAGUUGGACCACUUCUAAAAACAGGCCUCAAUGCAACUAACCCUUCUGUUCGUCAAAAUUCACUAAAUCUUGCUGGGACAAUUCAUUUAUAUCUCCAUGAUCGUUUGCCAGCUCUCCUAGCGGAUGAGAAACCGGCUUUAAUUACGUUACUGAACGCGGAAUUUGCGAAAAACAAAGAUAAAAAAGCUCCUGCUCCGACUCGUUUUUCUGCUGCCCAAACUCUUCUCAAAGAAUCAGUGUCUGCUGAACCCAGCGGAACUGAAGCAUUGUCUAGAGAUAUAGAAACUACCGGUCGAAUAGAGGAGAUGGACUCUGAUGUAUUACUUCCAAAAGUAGAUAUCAGUGACCGACUCACACCUGAACUCCUGGGACUUCUGAAAAGCAAGGUUUGGAAAGAACGUUUAGAAGCACUGACUACUAUUGAAAAAUUUAUAUCUCCUUCCCAUUUGAUUGAUGCUUCAAACGGAAAGCUUCAAGAACCUUUGACUAUGAUAGCUAAAGCAGCUAAUGAUGUGAAUAAAAACUUGGCCAAACAAGCUUUGAUAAUCCUGUCUUCCUUCGCUUCAUCAAUACCGAAAUCAGACGCUGUGAAUUACAUAAAGUAUGUUGAACCCCCUAUUUUACUCUGUCUUGGUGAUUCAAAAGUUCAAAUACGUGAGGCAGCUGUAACUGCACUUAGCUCUUGGCAAAGUCGAGUUCCCAUUUUAUCAGUAUUUGAAAAUGACAUGUUAGCUGAUGCCUUAAAGAUGGAAAAUCCAUUUUUACGAGCCGAAUUACUACGUUGGCUUCAAGAUGUUCUCUCACCUAUGCCAUUAAACGCCCUGCGGAAAAACGCUUCAGAAAUAACAGAGAAUCUAAUACCUCAGGUAUUUGCUUCUCUUGAAGAUCGUAAUGUUGAAGCUCGUAAACAAGCCCAACUAGUUCUUCCUUCAUUAAUACAAGUUUUUGGCUGGGAACCUGUCUUAAAGUCUACCAAUCGUUUGAAGCCCACCUCAAAGGAUUCAAUUAUGCCUCAUUUGGAGAAAGCUCGUGAAAGUGUAGCUAAUUCACAUCCCUCAUCCAUGGAGAAAAAAACCUCUUCUCCAUCUAAAGCGGUACGUGUAGGUAAUGGAGCACCUCCACAACCUUCCUCAAAUGCCCCAGCUACUACUCCAGAAAAUAGCGAGGAAUCUGAAAAUGCUACGCAAUCUCCAGGCAAUACCUCAAAGUCUGUUUCCGAUACGAAGAAAAAGGCUGAUAAUAAAAAGUCUAUCAACACGUCUAAAAAGUCAGGUCCGGAACUGGCAACGACAUCCAUAAUUCUUCCGCCAAAUAAGUCAGCUAAGAGUUCUAGGUUAAAUGAUGAGAAAAAACGCAAGCUUUUAAAAUGGGAUUUCGAUGCUCCAACAAAAGAUCACAUACAACAAUUAAGUACAUUAUUCACUGCAGCUGGAACCGCUCCUGAAUUUCAUGCACUUUUAUUUCAUACCGACUUUAAACAACACAUUAAGGCGAUUGAACAGCUUUCUCAAUUACUAGAUACCACUGAAGGCUGUGAGGCUACUGUAAUAAAUGUAGAUAUUAUCUUGAGAUGGAUUGUUCUACGAUUCUUUGAAACUAAUCCAGUUGUUUUAGGCAGAUGUAUGGAUUAUCUAACAAAAUUAUUCGUUUUUAUGUCAGAGUCUGGAGCAAAUCUUUCUGAACAUGAAGGUGGUUCAUUUCUUCCUUAUUUGGUGAUGAAAGUGGGUGAACCUAAAGAUAUAAUUCGACAGAAUAUUCGAGGAAUAUUGAAACUUGUGGUUAAUCUCUAUCCACCCAGUCGUCUAUUCACAUUUCUCACUAAUGGGACUAAGGCCAAAACAAGUAAAACAAGACAAGAGUGCUUGGAUGAGAUGGGUUCUCUGAUUGAUCGUUUUGGAUUAAAUGUUUGCCAGCCUUCUAUUCCCGUUGCAAUCAAAUUGAUCGCUCAACAAAUUGGUGAUCGUGAUAGUGGAGUUCGAUCAGCAGCUUUGAAUGCCUUACUUUCUGCAUAUGCUGUUAUUGGUGAACAGAUAUGGAAGGUUAUCGGUGAUAUACCAGAAAAAGAACGUUCAAUGCUGGAAGAACGUAUCAAACGAGCUGGGCAAAUACCGAUCAAUACUGUAGAUAAUUUUGAACCAAAGACACCGUCUGUAAGACCGAGCACUGCAAGACGCGAUCCAUCAGAUUCACGUAAUCCUCUAGAGCCUGUUCCUAACGAAUUUCGCCGUCAGCAACCGGUUUCUGCAGCUCAUGCUAGAGCGCGUGCUAUGUUAAAUGAACUAGGUGAUUUAUCACCUGAGAAAGCUCCAUGUAUGCCUCCACUUAUUCAGUUAGAUGCUGAUAUAAAUGAUCUUUUCCAACCAGUUGAAAUUCCAGCAUUGAAAGCACACGUGCGCCAACCUGUUCUCAAUGCACUGUUACGAACAAGUCCUGACACUGCUUCGGCGAUCACAAUGGUCGUAACGGCUAUAUCUUCCAAUGAUUUACUAAUCAGUUGUCAUGCUUUGGCCGAAAUCGACACUGUUCUUAGAGAUGAAAAGUGGUACCUUUUACUCAAUCAUGUGAAUCAAGUCCUGAUGCUUAUUACAAUGCAGUUACGCCAGGUUACUUCGCGAUAUUUUGGAGAUCCUUCAGUUUCAGAGGAGCAAUUGCAUACAUUAAUUCGGUCUCAUUUGGCCACUAUCGAAUCUCUUUUUAGUCGUCCAACAUUAGGUCGCGAAGCUUCACGGGAAACUUUAAGAGAAUUAUCCCAGUCUCUCCUUCAAAUGAUGUUGGAUGAAAGGACUGCUGAAAUGUCCAGUGGAGAAAAUGUUAUCAGAUCGAUCAAUGCAUUAUUUGUUCUUAUUUUGGAGGCUUCCAAUGGAACACGUAUACUCAGUGCGCUCAUUCGGUUACUACAUGAAUGUAUCAGUAACGGACACUUUACAAAUCGAUUCACACAAGCUAUCCUCAAAAGUAUAUGGCGUAUUACUAAGGGGAUGAAUACUGCAUUUAAUAAUUACUCUGUGGAUGUCAUACUUCUGGACUGUCAUCAUUUUUUAAAGGCUUUCCCACCUUCCUCAUGGAGUGCACGGAAAUCAGAUGUUCCUUUACGAACAAUCAAAACCCUAUUGCAUGUAUUAUGUGGCCUCCAGGGUCCAUCAAUUUUACAGUUUCUAGAAAGUAUACCUAAUAAGGAAGAUUCAGAACUGGAGUCCUACCUCAAUCGCACACUAAAAACUACUUCAGGAGUUACAACUUCCUCUGAUUCCAAAAAAAUACUGGCCUCUGAAAGUCAUUCAAAAGUAAGCGGAAUUUAUUGUCUUCAUAUACACAUAGAUUGAAUAUUUUGUUAUUUGAAAAUAUUGACUAAAGACUGUUUUGCGCAAAUGGAUUUGCUGGUUUUCCAUAUGUUGUCAAAGUAGAAAACAUGAAGGUUUACAGUCAGCAUAAAUAUAGAUAUUUCCUACUCAAAAAUGUUUAUCCACGAUCCUCUCUGCUUUUGAGAUUUUUUUAUCUCCAUUUACAAUAAAUGUCGAGAAGAGGUGUCUUAGUUUUCAUUCGCAAAUGGAUCUUUACUGCGAAACUUGUUAUUUUUAGCACGUUAAAUAUCUCUCAUUUGAAGAAUAACAACGAAAAAUCUUAUACUGUUUAGUACAAGCAUUUUUAGGUGGUUUCGUUACUUUCUGUCACCAUUUACAUGUUUUUAAAGUGUUUUAACGUUUGGAGAAUUGGUUUGUUUUAGUGAAGAUAAAAUAUGAUCAGUCACUGAGCUUGGACAAACAUGCAUAACCUACUGACUAAUAAAUAUGCAAUUCCUUUUUCUCUCAUUGAUUUCUACCCCGGACUCACUGAGUGUGACUAUAUUGAAUAAAGUAUUAUCUAGUGUUAUUCCGGUUCAUGAAUCCUGGAUUCUGAUAUAACAUGACUAAUCUCAUUACCUAUUGUAGUAUUAUACCUGGGAGAAAAAAAAAUAUUUCAAGCCAUCCGUCAUAUCAAGAAUAAAUUUUUCCGAGCAGCUAUUUGCUAGUGUUUCGUAUUACUAAUGGUCGUAUCGUGAGUGGAAGUCUGCGUAGAUUGUUGAAAAAACCAUUUUUUAGUAAUUGCCUAAAUGUACGGUGCUCGUAUUGUGGUUUUUUAACUGAUUGAUCUUUUGUAAUUUAGAAAACACUUAUAUUUUCAUAGGGAUUUGUACUUUCUACUGCAACUCGUGAGAAAUUAACCGAAAUAUUCAAGAAGGUCGGAUCUAAGAAACCUGAUGAGGUAAGUACUCAUUAUUUAUUUAACCGACUAUCUUAUGUAAGUAUUUGAACAGUUGCUGGCUAUAUUAGUUGAGUUGAUUGUUGAAUUUAAUGUUGUUGAGUAUGCAACCAAAAUAAUCAAACGGAUAUUUACCCACUAAACCGAACUUCCUAAUGCCCAGGAAAUUUGAAUAUCGGAAUACAGAACAGCCGAUUAACUCACAUCUUACUAUUGGCUUGAGUUCUGUGGUGACCUAUUUUCAUCUAUAUGUAAGCUGUUGAGUCUCCUGAAAUUCUAUUACUAUAGCACAUUCCCAUCAUGUUUUUCUUAAUCUAAACAAUAUCACAACGAUAAUCCUGUUCCAGUUGAGUAAAUAUUUUAUUCACGUUAAUUUUGAAUCUAAAAAAUAUGUUGGUAUAUUGUUUCAUUAGUUCAUUAACAUGUGCUAUCUUCACGUUCUAUUUUUCCGCCAGGGUUUAAAUGAACUAUACGAUUUCACUCAGCUCUAUCCAGAUGUAGAUUUAUCGUCAUACUUAACAAACACAAGCCAAUUUUUCCAAGCCUACAUAAAACAAGCUUUACGAAAUAUAGCUGUUGAACGCGCCCGUCAGGCUAGACUAAGUGUAAAUGAUAAAGAACCAAACACAUUAGCAGCUCAUCAAACUAAUGGCAUUUUAGCGCGUCCUAAUUGGAAUCCAGAUUUUGAUGCAGAUAUUUCUAAUGGCCAACUAACUGAUCCCAAAGUAUUUAUGAAUCGAUUGGCGAUGCUACGAAGAGAACUGGGUCUUGGUGGUGUAUCCACAACGAACAUUGAUGAUAAUAUUGGGCCAUCUGAUGAAGCUGGUUCACAAAAUACAGUCUUUGAAACAACUCUUCGAAAUAUGGUUCAACCAAAAGGUGAUUCUCCUGAUGAAAAUGUUCGACCUGAAACAGAACAAAGGCCUACUAUGUCCACCACUGAACUAAUGGAUUUGAAACGAAGACUAGAUCGAAUCAAAAGUGCCCAAAAGCAUUAACAUUUGCUUUGCGUGAUAAAGUAGUCUUCCAAUGCAUCUAAACUUCCAAUUAUUUACGUUCACUAACUUCUGCUUUCCAUAUGUAAAUAUUUCUUAGAGGUUUGUUAUGAGAUUUUUAUGUCCAAACUUUUACGUACUACACAAAAAAGUACGUAACUAAAUAUACAUGUGAUCUUUAACU